AAAUUAUUUUUGUAUUUAAAGAUGGAAUAGAUGAACCUGAACCAGUUCAUUUUGUGUUUUUUUGUAAGUUUUCAAAUGAAUAAUAUAUAUAACAAUCUAUCAAUUUAAAAGUUACAAAGAAAAAUCUUUCCCCCAUUACUACCACUGUAUACUAUUAUGUCUAUCACUAUACAUGCAUACAUACAACUGGGUAUAAAAUUAUACAGUAUAAACAAGAUAUCUUUUUAUUUAUCUUUUAAGAAAAUAUCUUUCUAUUUUAAAUAUUUUUUAAUGACUGAGAUAUUUUAACAUGUGGUUAAUGUUUGUAGUGUUCGAGCUGUAUUGGAGGGAACAAUGGGAAAAUCUUCAAUGUGUUCUACUUUCAAGACGAAAUGUUGUGAACCAGAUGCCCCACAUCCUCCCAAACUUGUUUCAAGGACCAAAAACAGUAUCAUUUUAAAGUGGAAUGCUUCUUCAGAUAAUGGUGCAAAGAUCGUUAAUUAUAUUUUAGAAUAUGAUGAGGGAAAGGGAAAUUCUGAAUUCAUUGAAAUAUUCAAUGGUUUGCAGAAGAACUAUAAAGUAACAAAGCUGAAAGUGUCAACAUGUUACAGAUUUAGGCUAGCUGCAGUUAAUGAAAUUGGAAAAAGGUAAUUUUUAAAAAUUUUAUAGAAAAAAAUAUAAUUAUGACUGAAUUGACUCUUAAUAAUUAUAACCAGUGGUAUACAGUCAUUUACAAAAAGUUACUCACCCAGAUAGAAUUGUUGAAUUAAUGCAAAACUUGGCAUACAGCUAAUAUGUAAAAUAUUACAGUUGUAAGGUGAUUGUAUGUUAGAUAAUGACAUUAGAUGGCCUUAAAAUUGCUACCCCAUUAUUAUAUGAAAAAGCAUUACAGAGGCUUAAUGUUUAGAAUUUUUGUUGUAAUUUCUGUCUGGAGGUUUUCAAAUGCCAGGCAGUGCAGUCAGAUAUUAUGCACAGUUGAUGGAAUUUGAGAAAGGCCACAUCUUUGCUUGAGGAAAGCAGAAUGAUUGUCUUCAUGAAUUGUCUACCAUCUGGACUAUUCUGACUGGUUGACUGAGGAAGUGUUACAAGUAGUGAAUAUAUGAGGGUGCACCUAAAUGGCAGACAGAUCUGGAUUUCUCAGACAUCAUCAGGAGAGAUGAUUUUCUGAUUAUGAGAUAAGUGCAAACAACAGCAAUGGCAUUUUUGUCCUUCAUUCAGAGGUAGGUGAAAGUUUUCCUACAGAAUCCUGUUUCUUCCUAUAUCAUUGACAAGUGACUUAGAGGCAAAUGUGCAUAUAAGACAAUUGCUAUGCAUUCUAUCAUUACCCCUCCAACAUCAUCUGCUUUGCAGUGGUGCCUGCAAGGUACUAAAGAUUUCUUUAAAUUAUUUUGUUAUUCCUCAGGAUAUUACACCUUUGCUAUGAUACUGCAAUCACUUAUCAUUGUCGUUACAUUUGCACUAAUAGUUUUGUUCAAUUUCAAUGCCUUUUCUGUGUGUAAGGCUGGAGUCACACUUACAGAAAAACAUUAGUGAAAAC